AUGACUGAACUGUUUUCUAUGGCUGGACUGAUUGAUCCUUGGGAUGGACUAGUUGUUUCUGUCAAAGAAGAAUUUGUCAUCCCUUUGGAUUGUGAUGGUAUUCCUGGUGUCGCUGAUGCUGCUAAUAGUGAUAUAACUGUCGGUGGUUGUAAUGUCACUGUUGUGUCACCGUUUGUGCAAAUUUCGUCCGCUCUACAGCAAGUACCAUCUCCGCAAUCUAUAGCACAGGGAGCCCUUGCCAUCAAAAUUGAGUUUUUGGUGAAUUUUUCGUCAACAACACUUCGCCUAAGAAGAAAUAAUUCGUCUUUUCUCCAAUCUAGAAGCGCUGUAGCAAAAAUAAAAUUGCUGAAGUGA